UGUGGAUGUGGUUAGUUAGAUAUAAAGAGGAAGGAAAUGAUAAACACUUGGAUUUAGUAUAGAAAUGUAGUUUGACAUAGUUUCGGGUCUUUCAGAAGUUAAAGCAUGAAGGUUCUGGUCCUGUAUUUCUUCAUCAUUAUAGGUGUUGUAGGAGCUCCGGUUAUAUUUAAAGGACACAGCGGAGAGACUGCUGACAUCAAUUGUUAUUAUAAAUCUGAAUAUGAAACAAAUAAUAAGUAUUUAUGUAAAGGGGACUGCAUUAUUGGAAAUAAAAACAUCAUUAUUAAAUCUGGAUCUACAGCUGAAGAUGACAGAUUCUCUCUGAUUGAUAACAAAACUGCAAGAGUUUUCACCGUCACAAUCACUGAUCUGAAAACAGAGGAUGAAGGCACAUACUGGUGUGCAGUGGAGACUUUAUAUCCAUUCCCUGAUGUCUAUUCAGAGAUUUUGUUACUUGUUAAACAUGAUGAAAAAACCACAGAGAGGUCGACCAUCCAACCCACAGAUCAGAGUCUUUCUUCAACAGUAUAUGUGGUCUACGUCUGUGUAGGGUUAAUCAUCUUGGUUCUUGGUUUGCUUGUUGGACUGACAGUGUUACGUAAGCAAAGGAAAGGAAGCAAGAAAUCCCCAAGAAUUACCCAAUCAGGAAUUUCACAUCAUGUCUUAGCUGUGAGUACCUUACAAGACAGCACUGCAGAGGAAGUUUAUUAUAAAGUUGACCAUAAAUAUCAGAAAUUCCGAGCACUGUGGCCCAAGAACAUGCACACUACUGUUGCCAUGCACUCCACAGCAGAACCACCAUCUGAUUCAUUGAUCUACUCCACAGCAGAACCACCAGCUCAUUCAUUGAUCUACUCCACAGUAGAACCACCAGCUCAUUCAUUGAUCUACUCCACAGUAGAACCACCAGCUCAUUCAUUGAUCUACUCCACAGCAGAACCACCAGCUCAUUCAUUGAUCUACUCCACAGCAGAACCACCAGCUCAUUCAUUGAUCUACUCCACAGCAGAACCGCCAGUUGAUUCAACAAUCUACUCCACAGCAGAACCAUCAACUGAUUCAAUGAUCAACUCCACAGCAGAACCACCAGCUGAUUCAACAAUCUACUCCACAGCAGAACCACCAACUGAUUCAACAAUCUACUCCACAUUAGAACCACCAGCUAAUUCAAUGAUCAACUCCUAAGCCGAAUCGUCAGCUGACUCAGCAAUCAACUCCACAACAGAACCACCAGAUGAUUUACAGAUCUAAAGCAGGGGUGGGCAUUUCUGGUCCUGGAGGGCCAGUGUCUUACAAAGUUUGGUUGCAACCAUAAUGAAACACACCUGAAAAUCCAAAUCAAAGGCUCCAGAAUUACUGGAAAAUUACAUUCAGGUGUGUUUGCUUAGGGUUGGAGCUAAACUUUGCAGGACGUGGCAACCCAGGACCAGGAAUUCUCACCCCUGAUCCAAAGCGACAGAGACAACGAGUCUAGCUCAGUGGUUCUCAACUCCAGCCCCCCCCCCCCAGAACAUUUUAGAUGUCUCUAUAUAUAAAACACCUGAUUUAGUUUAUCAGCUUAUUAGUGUGUUCAUUAAGGAAAUGUUUCAAACAUUCUGAAAGGAACCUGAAGAGUGGAAUCAUGUGUUUCAUAUAAGGAGACAUCAUCCAUAUGUGUCAAAAAAAAAAUUCAUCUUUAUCUUUCACAGAUGACAUAAAUUUCUACAAAUACAUUUCAACUUAACAUAGUGAUUGCUACCAGGAUGUGAGGAGACUUUUAACCAGCAUAACUAAAAAUGCUUCUGGAUCAAAUGAGAUACCCUGCCUUUAAUAAUGUUUAAAAAAAUAAUAUUAUUACUUUGGUAGUUGGGAGAAGUGUCAGGUAUGUUAUUUUUUGAAUUAGUGCUAUAAUUGGGUCCCCAGUGCUUAUAUUAACCUAGAAAAUGUGAAAAGGAACAACCCAGUAACUUUGUUUGGUAAACCAUUCUCUGCAAGCAUGUGAGCAUUGUGAUGUAGGUACACAGCAAAAUCCCCAGUGUUAAAUUAACACUGCUCGGUGUUUAUAUAAUCCACACCAAGAUUGGUGUUAAAAAAACA